GUGGCGGGCGGAGCCGGGAGGCGGUGGCGGGCACCCCAGCUGCUUUGCAUUGACGCCAGCACCCGCUGGAGGUCACCGCUGGGGGCUGGGCGCGGCGUGCUGCCGGCAAGACCCGGCCCGGAAUACGGAGCUGGAGCCGCGCCGCCCGCAGCUCCUGGGCGAGCGCCGCCGUUUCAGCGCUUCUCGACGGCGCGGCCUCAGGUCCGCGUCCCUCCGUCCCUCUCGGGGUGGACGCGGCCUUGCUGUCCCGACGGGAUUCUUCGGGCCCGCACCGCUCAACCGCCAGAGAUCUAGUCUAGGUUUCUCCGCCACCAGCCCUCGGACCAAGGGCAUUUAUCCGUGGGGCGGCCGGCGGAGCGACGUGAGAGCCCGGGGCCUCUGGACGCGCCGGCCACAGCGCCUCCGGAGCCGGAGCGGGCGUAGCCGGGAGCGCACCUCCCCCGGGGGGUCGCGCCGCCUCACGGCGAGGGCGGCGUCGCUCGCGCGGCGGGGACUUGUCGGCUCUCGGGCCGGGAGAGCGCAAAUCUCCUCCCCCGAAAUUCCCCGGAAGCGCGGCGCGGCCGAGGCGAGCGCGGCGAUGUGAGGGAAGACGGCCGGCGGCUCCCUCCUCUGGAAGGGCAUGUUCGGAGGGGCGGCCGCGGUGCGCUGCCCGCCCCACCGCCCCCUCCCCGCCGCCGCAGCCGCAGCCGCCUCCGCCGCCGCCGCGCCCGCACCGCGAUAAAAGGGGCGGCCGCACUUCCUGACGGGAGACCCGCGCUCGCCGCCGCCGCCCGCCCAGGCGGAGAUGACACGGCGCACGCGGCGGCCCCGAGGCGCCGGGCGGGCCGUUUACUGACCGGAUCGCGGCUGCCCGCCAGCGUGUCCGCGGCGCUGCCGCCAGCAUGGGCUGCGCCCCGAGCAUCCACAUUUCCGAGAGCCGUGGGGUGUACCCCGGCGGCAAGGAGGCCGAGGACGUGCCGGGCCCCGCGGCGGCGCCGCUCCCGCCCGGCGGGCCGAGCCUCCCACCCGGCCAGAAGACGGCCGCUUCGACCCGGGCCCCCGGUUCCAGCCUCGCAGAGUCCGAGCCUCGCGGAGGCAACGGCAGCAAGAUCUUUUUCUUUCAGGUAGCAAUAGCUGAUGUGCAAUUUGGCCCCAUGAGAUUUCAUCCAGAUCAACUCCAGGUACUUUUAGUGUUUACCAAAGAAGAUAACCAGUGUAAUGGAUUCUGCAGGGCGUGUGAAAAAGCAGGGUUUAUGUGUACAGUUACCAAGGAGGCUCAGACUGCCCUCGCCUGUUUCUUGGACAAACACCAUGACAUCAUCAUCAUAGAUCACAGAAAUUCCCGACAUCUGGAUGCUGAGGCACUGUGCAGGUCAAUCAGAUCAUCAAAACUCUCAGAAAACACAGUUAUUAUUGGUGUAGUACGCAGAGUGGAUAGAGAAGAGUCAUGUGUAAUGUCCCUCAUUGCUGCUGGCUUCACAAGGAGGUAUAUAGAAAACCCCAGCCCCAUGGCCUGUUACAAUGAACUGCUCCAGCUGGAGUUUGGAGAGGUGCGCUCACAGCUGAAACUCAGGGCUUGUAAUUCAAUGUUCGCUGCAUUAGAGAAAAGUCAAGAAGCAAUUGAAAUUACAAGUGAAGACCACAUUAUCCAGUAUGCAAAUCCAGCAUUUGAAACGACAAUGGGCUAUCAGUCAGGUGAAUUAAUAGGGAAGGAGAUAGCAGAAGUGCCUAUAAACGAAAAAAAGGCUGAUUUGCUCGAUACUAUAAAUUCAUGCAAGGAAUGGCAAGGAAUUUACUCUGUCAGGAAGAAAAAUGGAGAUAACGUACAACAAAAUGUGAAGAUAAUACCUGUCAUUGGACAGGGAGGAAAAAUUAGACACUAUGUGUCCAUUAUCAGAGUGUGCAAUGGCAACAAUAAGGCGGAGACGAUAGCUGAAUGUGUUCAGACGGACAGUUACGCAGAUAAUCAGUCAGGCAAACAUAAAGACAGGAGAAAAAGCUCCCUCGAUGUCAAAACUGUUGCCUCGAGAACAAAUGAAGUUUCCAGCCAGAGACGACACUCUUCCAUGGCCCGGAUCCAUUCCAUGACGAUCGAGGCGCCCAUCACCAAGGUCAUCAAUAUCAUCAAUGCUGCCCAGGAAAGCAGUCCCAUGCCUGUGACAGAAGCUUUAGACCGUGUGUUGGAAAUUCUAAGAACCACUGAAUUAUAUUCACCACAGUUCGGUGCUAAGGACGAUGAUCCUCAUGCCAACGACCUCGUCGGGGGCCUGGUGUCUGAUGGUUUGCGAAGAUUAUCCGGAAAUGAGUAUGUUCUAACAACAAAAAACCUUCAGCAGGCUCCCAGCAGCAGCAUCGUCCCCAUCUCCCUUCACGACGUUCCAUCACAGAUAACUCGGGCCAUGGAAAAGGAGGAGUACUGGGACUUCAAUAUUUUUGAACUGGAGGCUGCCACUCAUAAAAGGCCUUUGAUUUACCUUGGUCUCAAAGUGUUCGCUCGCUUCGGAGUCUGUGAAUUCUUAAAAUGCCCCGAGGCAACGCUGAGAUCCUGGUUACAGGUGAUCGAAGCCAAUUAUCACGCUUCCAACCCCUACCACAACUCCACACACUCUGCUGAUGUGCUGCAUGCCACUGCCUACUUUCUCUGCAAAGAGAGGAUCAAGCAAACUUUAGACCCACUUGAUGAGGUUGCUGCCCUCAUCGCAGCCACUAUCCACGAUGUGGACCACCCCGGGAGGACCAACUCCUUCCUCUGCAAUGCCGGGAGCGAGCUGGCCAUUCUCUACAACGACAUGGCUGUGCUGGAGCACCACCAUGCAGCCUUGGCCUUCCAGCUGACCACCGGCGAUGACAAAUGCAACAUCUUUAAAAACAUGGAGCGGAACGACUACCAGACGCUGCGCCAGGGUAUCAUCGACAUGGUCUUAGCCACAGAAAUGACAAAGCACUUUGAGCACGUCAACAAAUUUGUCAACAUCAUCAACAAGCCCUUGGUAGCAUUAGAAGAAGAGGAGACAGGAGCCCACAGCUGAGAAAGCACGCAUUCUGAGUUCUCGGCUCUUUUUCACCACUUCCUUGUCUCGAGUGGGCACAGUAGCCCUCGAGGCGCAGCGCUGAGGACACGGCACAAGGUGUGCUCUGGAUAAACAGCACCCGCUACGCUAGGUCAGUGUGAGCGCAGCACACGCCUGAGGCCCACAGCUGCCUGACCACCAACUCCAGGCUCCUCCCUACUCCUGUCACCCCCUGCCAGUCUUUACCGAGCACAGAGACGACUCAUCCUAAGAAGAUAGCCCCUGAACUCCAGCUCUACUGCUGCAGCUCAGUUGUUUGGCCGGGGCUUCUGUCUGUCCCUGGCUUUCUAGCUUAUCACCCUUCAGACUUGUCCCUGUCUCAACUGAUCUGAAACCUGCUGAGAACUCUGCUGUCCUCACCCUUGCCCGUUCUCCAGUCUGUCAGAGACUUUACGCCCUUUCCAAGUCAUUCUGCCAUGCACAGAUACCCCAGCUGACCCCACCCCACAGAAAGAAACCACGUACCUCGCAGACUUGGCUUCCUCCGUUCAUUCUGGGAAGUUGCCAGACUCAGCAGAGUCUUCAUUCUCCUUGACAGUCACGUUCCUCCUCUCUGCUGUCACUACUUGGAUUUUUACUGAGAGACUGGAAACCAGGAUCCAGUGGGUCAUAGCAGGUGGAAGAAAAUAGUCACCCAGCGGGCAGUACAGAACAGUAGUCACACACCUGCACAGAGAGAAGGGUCAGCACAAAGCUGGUGGGCAGUGGGAGAUGAGAAUCACUGAGGUCACAGUGUCUGUCACUUUUGAGGAGACCAGGCAGCCUGGGCUCAGGGUCCCCCCCACCCAUCUAGUCCCCACCGAGAGGGGAUGACUGUGACUGCUUACAGAAACCACGUGGCUGACUCCUCUGGAAGCUGCUUGGUGGCUCAGAAUCAGAGGAGAUGCUUGCUCAUGUCUUUGACCCAGUACUCACUCUUCCAACCUGAAUUUGUUUCAGGAGCCCCUCACCCCAUGGGCUGAGGCUCCAUAUCCAGAAGGGCUCCCUGUGAGUCAGACACAGGCACUACUGUGGAGAGACAAGAGUCCAGACUAGAGGCAGGGCUCACGCAUUUAUCCUGGGCCAGCUCAGUACCUCUGGCUGAGUCUCUUCACCUCUCAGAGUCCUGGCAUCCUCAUCUGUAAAAUAUAAUGGUAAAUUAUACUGAUUUUCACGCCUACCACAAGAUACCUUUGUGAGUGCAGAUCACAAGACUGUGACUAAGUCCUCUGUCCACCAUAAAAUGUGAGGGCGGAGUUUAGGAACAUCAGUGUAUCUGACACGCUGUGCACACCGGUGGCGGACUCCCAGGAUCACGCCUCUCCCAGGGCUGGGUGGGGAGCAGCAGAGCCCCUGGCGGACCAUAGGACCGCCAGUGGCAAGGGCAGAGAAAGGUUUCACUUUCCAGUUCAGUGUUUUUUAAUGAAUGUAAAUAAUAAAAGAUAGAGCCAGUCUUUUGAGUACUUAGUGAGUGAUAGAACAGAAAGAAAAGGCAACUGUGAGAAACAGAGAAAGAGUCAAGAUGGGGAAAGGCAGAUAUGCCAGCCUCCAGUGCUACGCUGUACUUCCGGGUUCUGCUGGAAUCUCACUGGACCUUGGUUUUCCCCACUGCAGAGUGAGGGCCAACCUCAGAACAUCCCCGGCACUACUUUGAGAGACCCUAACCGUAGAUCCCAGACAGAGCCCCACCGUGGUUACGGUGGGGCCACAAUAAAACAGGGCUUGGUACCUGGGGUCCCGUUUUGAUUGCUUUGAAUUCCACUCAUGCUUUAGGAAACUGAUAAAGAUCAAGAAGCCAUAAAUACCAUGCUCAGGGCUCCAGAGAACCGGACUCUGAU